UGAUGACGUCACCCAGCCAUUUGCUCUCUGCUUGUUGUGGCUGCUCAGCCGAUCCUCCGCGCCGCCGCUGGAGUUAGCAAGAAGCCGGGGCGACGUCUGUCAGCGGUGACAGUCUCGUCGGUCUUUCGCCUAAACUUUUCCCGGUCGCGGAGGCAGCUGACGGACGCGGAGGGGGAGUGCUUCGUCGUGGUUUUUGGACGCAUGGGAGCUCCCGCUGGAGCGGCGAAAGGGAGAAGACAGUGCUGCUGGUCCUGACCGCCGGGCAGAAUGAGUGAGGCAGAGGGACAGUUCUACAGUGUACAGGUGGGAGACUCCACCUUCACUGUGCUCAAGCGCUACCAGCAGCUCCGUCCCAUUGGUUCUGGGGCUCAAGGCAUCGUCUGCUCUGCUCUGGAUACAGUCCUUGGUAUACCCGUGGCCGUGAAAAAGCUCUGUCGACCCUUUCAGAACCAGACUCAUGCGAAGCGAGCCUACCGAGAGCUGGUGCUACUAAAAUGUGUCAACCACAAAAAUAUCAUCCGUCUGAUCAAUGUUUUUACGCCUCAGAAGUCUUUGGAGGAGUUCCAGGAUUUGUAUUUGGUGAUGGAACUGAUGGAUGCCAGCCUCUGCCAGGUGAUCCACAUGGACCUCGAUCAUGAGAGGAUGUCUUACCUGCUCUACCAGAUUCUCUGUGGCAUCAGACACCUGCAUUCAGCAGGGAUCAUCCACAGGGACCUGAAGCCCAGCAACAUUGUGGUGAAGUCCGACUGCACCCUGAAGAUCUUGGACUUUGGUCUGGCAAGGACGGCCUGCACUAACUUCAUGAUGACGCCUUACGUGGUGACCAGAUACUACCGUGCUCCAGAGGUCAUUCUGGGCAUGAAGUAUAAGGAGAAUGUGGACAUCUGGUCAGUAGGAUGCAUCAUGGGAGAGAUGGUAAAGGGCAGCGUCAUCUUCCAGGGCACAGAUCACAUCGAUCAGUGGAAUAAAGUGAUAGAGAUCCUGGGAACGCCCAGUCUGGAGUUUAUGAACCGACUGAUGGAGACGGUGAGGAACUACGUGAUGAACAAACCUCAGUACCCGGGCGUCAGCUUUGGCGAGCUGUUCCCAGACUGGGCUUUCCCGUCUGAGUCGGAGCACGACAAAGUGAAGACCGCUCAAGCUCGGGACUUGCUGUCCAAAAUGCUGGUCAUCGAUCCUGAGUGCCGCAUCUCUGUAGAAGAAGCCCUCAAUCACCCCUACAUUCACAUGUGGUACGACCCGUCAGAGGCAGACGCGCCACCUCCCCAGAUUUCAGAUAAGCAGCUUGAAGAAAGAGAGCACACCAUUGAGCAGUGGAAAGAACUUAUUUAUGAGGAAGUGAUCGACUGGGAGGAGAGGAACAAGAACGGCUUGAUGAAAGAAGACUCCUCAGAUCCAGUGUCAGGGUCCGCCUCCCAGUCGUCCUCAGCCAACGACAUCUCAUCCAUGUCCACGGAGCACACGUUGGCGUCAGACACAGACAGCAGCAGCAUCGACACGCUGACCGGACCGCUGGAAGAGAGUCAAUGAGCGCAGCCUGCUGCCACUCCUGUCCAUCUGUCUGCCCACCCCAGUCUGGUCUCAUUUAAAAAUCUAAAAGUUGGUCAACCAUUGCCUGUUAUUUUACCUUUAAUCCCACAGAUGUUUUUUACAUUUUUGUCUUAUUUUUGAUUUGAUUUUUUUUUCUCUUCCCUGCAAAAUCCUAGUUUUUCUCCUUGUGUGAUGCCUAUUUAUUUUGAUGACAUCAGAAGUCAUGAGGAGGAGGGAGCAUGAUUUGAUUUAUAUUACUUGACUGACUUGUUUUAUUUCAUUUUUUAAGUAAAUAUUAAGUUAAGCCGUUACCGUCAUCAAAGUAGAGCAGACCUGCGCACUAAACCUAAGUUCCUGCUGGUGCAUGAAAGCCAAACAGAUCAAAAGUGUGUUGUCGAUCGGACAUCCGGCAGCAGACUCGAACCCUUCACACUCAGACCUGCACAGCGCCGCUCUCUGCACUCUGACUUCACAUCAUUUGCAUGAGUGAUGUGAAUUUUCUCUUCUUACAGCAGGAAAGACGCUGCAGCUGCAGUGAUAGCAUCACGUCUCCAUACAGUGUUACAUUUGUGAAGUUGUCCAGGUUUGAAUCGAACAAAUCAAAAGUGUGCCUGUUCUGUUGAGACGUUCAACAUUACUGUAGAAAACAAAAAUCAUCUGUUGACUUUAAUGCAAACUUUCAUUCUGUUGAUCAAAAUCAAAUCUAGAAACCUAAAAAAGGCAGAAUGAUAAAUAAAUGUAAUUUUUUUUGUUUGUUUUUUUGUUCUUGCAAAGUGUUGCACAUAAACCACACAGAGGUCCUAAUGUGGGAACUCUAGCUUUCACCACUCACAGGCUGAUUUUUCUCCAAACCAUUCCAUUAAUGCUGGAAAAAUGACAGAAACAAUCAUCCUGUAGAAGACACGUCAGACCACAAGAAUCAUGUUGCAUGAAGGCGUCAGGCCAAGAAGAUGCUUGUUCUAAAGACGUCAGCUCUCCUUUCUGCUACUGUAAUUUGAAGCUCUUGGGUUUGAGAAAUGCACUUUUUUUGUUUUUGUUGCCUUGUAAAUCUAAAAAUGAUAUCGACAUGAUCUUGUAGUUCUGUUUUACAAAAAGAAAGUCAGUGGAGAAAGUUUACCGUUCAGCAGAAAGUCCUGAAGGUGCAGUUUCCAUGACGAUAGAGGCGGUGAAUCCCAGAAUCAGAAGAUGAACUUUGAGGAAACUGAGCUGCUCGUCGCCCUAAAUGUUCACACAGAGCUAUGGAAAUAAAGACACUAUGGAGCCACUGAGGACUUUCUGUACACAGCCAGGACUUUAUUCUUUCUGUUAUGCCUUAAAUGACCUACAAAGUGGGCAGAAAAUGAUGUAAAAUGUUAGCAGAUGUGGACAGAACUCUGGAGACCCCGCGUGAUAUGUCUUGACCACCACGUUAGAACUCGGCCAACAUCUUUUAUCCAUUAUCAAAGCUAAUAAAGUGGAUAUCAGUGAA